CGUUUUUUUACCCUACAGUGAGGGGAGUAAAAUGGCGGAUUAGGAUGGGAUGGGCCUGUUAUUGUGUUCUUAAUAGGAAAAAAUGUGUUGGCUUUUAAUUUUGCGCUUUAGAGGUUACUGAAACUGGUUUUAAAAGAUUUAAAGACAUCGCGGCUGUGUGGAAGCGCGUGCUGACAAAACUCUGACCGAGGAAGUCAUCAGGCAUGACACUGCUCAGAUGGAGUGGAAGAAGAAGAGGAGGAGUUUACGGCUGAUAAAAGGACAAAUGAUCUGAGGCGUUACCACAGAAACGCACAGACCGUAUGACUAGCCUGAUUGGCCGGUAAUGUAAAACGGACAAAAAGUGGGCUGCUGUUUAUCCAACACUACUUUCCUUAUGUCUCAGCUGUGCUCUCAACACCGGCUCACUGAUCGUCUCUUUGAUGUGAAGCCUGCAUCAGCACUGAGAGUAAACCAGGCUUUGCUGCUGGAAGAAGGGCAGGCUUGACCGAGCGCUCCUUCUUACAUCCUUCUGGUUAGAGGAGUGUUUUAUACGGCGCUCCGUACAACUGUGGCACAGAUGCCCAGGCCAUCUCCUCUCUGCACCUCUCAGAGGGCGGCUGAGACCUCAAAAAGCCCUCUCCCUUCUUCACCCUCUACAUCUCCGUCCUCACCUUCAUCUGCUCCCUCUUCCCCCUCUUCUCCUUGCUCAACCUCUCCUAGAAGAAUGGGAACGGGAUAUCGCGAGGACGAGGACGGCAGCCAUGCUGGGAACAAUCGGGUCGGGAACAAAGCAGGAGGGGACGGUGUAUCAUCAACCUCAUCAUCUCUGGCUCAGUCAUUGCUCUCUGCACCUCCUUCGGCUCCUUUACAUCGUCUGUCCUCAUCACCCCGUCUUUACGACGAUGACCAGAGAGAGGGCUUGGACACGGAGAUAUAUGACCCCUUUCAACCAACAGAGGGAGAGGGUUUACCAGGCAUAGCAGCCGGAGACGAAGGAGAUAAGUACGACCCCUUUGAACCCACCGGAUCACCAGCAUCAGAGAAAGAUAUGGAUGGGGAGCAAGACGGAGAGGAAGAAAGUUCGUUCAACAGCAUACGGAUAGCAUGCGACAUAAAGGACACUAAAGAGGUGGAGCUGGAGACAGCUCCCGGGGACGAGGGUCCACCUCCGGACUCGACAGAGGCGGUAGAGCGACUGUUGGUGUCUCAGCACACGGCCACACAGGUGAACAGGAUCAAGCACAUGAGACAGCGAGCAAAAGACCGAAGAGAAGAGGAUGACUCUGAGCACUCGGAAAUAGAAGAAGGAGAGAUUGUGGGUGUCGCUGAGAGCAGAAGGGAAAGAGAGAUUGAGAUAAGAAGGGAGGUGCUGCUUCCGUCCUCGGGGAGUCCUUCUUUCUUGCAAGGGGGAGGUCUCAAACCUGAGAGGAUCUUGCGAGUCCUGGACGGUGAAGGAUUUGUAUCGGUUCGAGCAGAGGGUGAAUGGGACCACCAACCGGUGCCCCCUAUUGGCAUGGGAGACCUGAGAAGGAAACUCACCAACAGGCGAAAACAGAGAUUCAGGUCUUGCCCUUCUUCAGCAUCCAUAUCGCCGCCUCCUGCGUCUGUCCUACCCAUACCUUCUCCCUCCCCGCCGGCGUCCCAACCCCAGACCACGGAGAAGGUAAGGAGUUGCAGAUCUUCCAAAAGCUCCAAGGAGAGGGACCGGCGCAAGCUGAAAGGCCAGGAAAAAGAGAAGCGCAAGAAGAGGAAAGAGGACAAAGGGGAGUCGGAAAGAGCGAGUGGAGAGAACAAGGAGAGGGAUCAUGAAAGGAGGAGCAGAAGAGAAGAAAAAGAGAAGGACAGGAGGAGGAGCAGCAGAAGUUAUAGCCAAACAAGGAAGAGCACGCAACACAGCACUCCUGAGCCAGCGUCACACUCCCGUAAUACCUCUCGACACGCACACAGCCGCAGGUCCUUGUCCAGCCCCUUGGAAGGCCUACACAGAGGGAGGGACCGUGACCGAGAUCGGGACAGAGACCGGGAAAGGGAUCGAUACCGAGACAGGAGGAGAGAUAACCGGGAAAGAGAGAGAGAUAAAGACUCCAGGAUGAGAGAAGGAAGGAAGAGAGAUCGGGACGAAGGAAACAGGAGGUCAAGUAGCCGAGAGAGAGGGGAGGCAAAAAGGAGAAGAGAAAGCAGUGAUAGACGAGACAGGGAGAAAGAAAGAGGGCGGGAAAGGGAGCGAGACAGGAGAAGAGAUGGACGGCCUGUCGUACCUCCGUCUAUUCAGGACCUGAACGGCUCGGACCUUUUCGCAAUCAAACGUACCAUUACUGUUACCACUACACCCACCACUACCUUGAUCCCUACCUCUCCUUCCCACGCCCAGGAUCGAGCCCGGAGUCCUACGCAAGGCUCGGACAAAGCCCGCAAGCGCAAGAGGAAACGGAGGAGACGCUCUGAUGAGGAGGAGGAGGAGGAGGAGCGGAGGAGCAGAUCUCGUCCCACCUCUCUAAGCCCUCGCCGAUACCAUGGCUAUGAAUCAGACCGGCUCUCGGACCACCCCGAGCCUGACAUGCUAUCUUUGGAUGGAGAGGCACUGGACUCUGAUUACCCUUCACUCGAGGACUCUCCUCUGCUCCCUCCUCCCCUUGAACCUCCUCUGCCAAGCCCCAAACUUAAAUCCACAGCUCCAAAAAGUAACCGGCACCAUCAGAAGAAAUCCCGAUCUAGGAGCAAAAAACUGGGCCAGUCUGAGUCGUCCACUUCCUCAUCUUCUCACAGACCCAAAGCGAGCAAAAGUAAAAGCCUUUUGCCCUCACUGUCCUCACCUCUUUCUGCGUCAUCUGGCAACACUGCUUCCCUUCCUCUCACUGCUUCUUCAUCCUCUGCUAAAAGAGUACGGAAGACCGGGAAAGAAAAACCAAGCAAGAAAGAAUCGGGUCGCUCAGGAAGAUCCAAGAAGCUUGGAGGAAGCAGUAGGAAGGGUAAACUACAGUCUAAAGUCUCAGUGCUGGUCCGGGAAGGAGUAAGCAGCACCACGGGAAACAGUGGUAAAAUGGGUAUUGAUCUCAUUGGACCUGGUGGAACAACAGGACCCUCAGUGGUGGGUGGGUCUAUAGCUGUGGUUUUCCGUCGGGACAACGAAAGCCGAUCUCCGUUCCUGAAGCCCUGCUCAGAACCGCUUUCCCUGCCUGGUAGAGUCAAAGAUUUGAACAAGACUGGCAAGCAACGGAAUACCCUUUCAUCCCUGUCCUCAACUAACACGACAGGACUCAAGUCAAAGAAAGCCAAACCAAGCUCCACCACCUCCACAUCGUCAUCCGCUUCCUCGCCCACAUCAUCCUCAGCAGCAAAGCGCAGACGAAGGCCAGGAAAGAAGCCCCGGGAGAAGGGUCUAGCAGUUGACGGGCCCAAUGCCAAAGGUGCCAACAGCAGCGCUUUGGGAUCUGGUUGGACUGGAUCUUCAGAAAUUCAGCCUUUAAGUGGAAUCGGUCCAAAACCAUCGAGUCCACCCUCCACACAUCCUGGGCCCACACCUUCAUCCUCUUCUUCCUCAUCAUCAUCAUCUUCAUCUACCAGCAUUCUUCCCCCAUCAUCCUCACCCCCACACACUCCUCCAUUGUCUUUACCCCCAUCUCGAGACACUAGAGAAUCUUCCCCAGAUUCUCAGACUGUGGACAGCAGCUGCAAGACCCCUGAACCUUCUUUCCUUUCAGAAGAGUGCCCUGUUCAGUCCCAGUCCACCCUGCUUGUGCCUGCAAAGUCACCUCCUAGCCCACCACCCUCAAGAGGAGAUGGAAUUUCACAGUCUGUCUCCAAGCUCCUCCCACUGGAUGACCCGAAGACCUCACCACCCUGCUCCGCUUCAUCAGCCUUGGCUGCAGUUUCUCUUGCUCAUUCCAUUCCUCCUCUGUCUGUCGAACCUUCCUCGUCCUCCUCAGCUUCUGUGUCUUCAUCGACGGUCAGUAAGCCUCCGCCCCCUCCUCCUCCACCCUCUGCCGUGCCACCUUUGCCCUGGAGUCUGCAGACAGGCGUGGACUGCACCGCUGGAGGCGUAUUAGCAUUGACGGCGCUCCUGUUUAAGAUGGAGGAAGCCAACAUCGCCAAUCGAGCCAAAGCACAGGAGUUCAUUCAGGCCACAAGCCAGAUUCUCUCUCAGGCUAACCAGAACCAGUCGCAUUCUACAUCUUCCUCCUCCAUCUCACAAGUUCCUCCUCCUCCUCCAUCACACGCUCCGCCCCCAGGUCCAACUCCCGCCCAAUUCAUUCUCCAUGGCUCCCUCCCGUUGGUCGGCUGCACCAAAACCCCGCCUUCACACCUACACUCUGGACUUUCAUUAGGUGGUGGAUGUGCACAGACUCCACCUCCUCCACUGCCCACGGGGCUGUCUGGGGCAGCAGGGGGUGCCAGUGACAUGGGCUGGGAUGGAGACAGUAAAGACCCUGACAAGUAUUUGAAGAAGCUGCACACCCAGGAGAGGGCAGUAGAGGAAGUGAAGUUGGCCAUCAAGCCGUACUACCAGCGCAAAGACAUCAACAAAGAAGAGUACAAGGACAUCCUGAGGAAAGCUGUGCACAAGAUCUGUCACAGCAGGACAGGAGAGAUCAACCCGGUGAAGGUGAGUAACCUGGUCAAACUCUACGUGCAGAGGUACAAGUAUUUCAGGAAGCACGGACGCAAAAUGGACGACGAGGAUAAGGAAGAGCGAGACUCCGCCUCCCUGCACGGCUCCACGUGAUUGGACGUCGGGACCGCUUUGUUCUGACGGACCCUUGGCGAGAGUUUUUGAUUCUCCGCCGCUGUGCUACGUGCUGUUAAUGUAAAGUCCUGAACUCCGCCUCUACGCCAUGCCACGCCCCUUUCCUGUGUGUUUAAUCUAAAUGUGGGAUUAAAGACGAGUGCACUGUUCAGAGGGAGAUUUUUUUUUGUACUUGUUUAGGUUUGUCAUGAUUCAGGACACUACAUAGAUGUGCUUUCUCUUUCCCUCUGAAUCACCAACGUUAAAAUAUUCAACAGAAAUAAUUACAGACUCCUCCCAUUCGGUGAUCAGAGGUAGACGAGUGCAUGUUUGAUCCCCGAUUACUUUUUUUUUUUAUGCUUUUCUUUUUGAAUCGCGGUCCUUCACGUGUCCGAUGCUCUUCGUAGCACAAAGUCGUGGAGAAAACGGACUCUUCCUGCGACCGUGCUUCGACGCCGUCUCCUCGUCUCGGACUCUACAGGCGCGUUAGCAGGUUCUCAGACUUGUGGUUGUACACGUGCAUGUGUUUUAGACUUUAUUUGUACUUCAGGACGGCGAAAGCGAGGCCAUCGCUUCCACGAGCCGGGCUUCGGGACGGGAGGAUCAGUGACGAUAAACUCGAUCAGAACAAAACAAAACAAGGAGUCGGACUCGCUGCAGUGCCCGAUGAAGCAGCGAGGAACCUUCUGUCUGAAAUAAAUAAUGUGUUAGUAUAUCUUUACUGGCAAUAUAUUAACAAAAAGUCUCAAAAGAAGAACAAAAAUAACCAAGUAAAGAAAUUGUAGAACCUGUAAAAGUCCUGAAAAAGGACGAGUUGGGAAACGGUUCCACUUUUCCUCCACCGUGUAUAAAACUGCAGAGAAUGUAGUUCGUGUUAAAUCUGAGAGUUUAGUAGAGUUUUGUUUUACAGUUCAUGUUUAUUCUACACGAGGGAGAGAGAAGUGCUGAGGAGGCUGCUGGAGGAAUGUGAGGAACUCUGAAAUAAAUUAUUAAACCUUUCAUGAAAGGUGAUUGAUGAGUGAUUGUGUUACUGAUCAAGUUUGUGUUUGUUUUUUUUGUAAAAAUUGCAUGUGAAGUAAAAACUGCAGAUUAAAUCAAACACAAGUCACUUUUAA